CGAGCCGACCGCGAGAGCCAGCUCAAGCUCGUUUUCUUCGAGCCAACUGGCAAACGAGCCGCAACAAUGGACAACGCGGAUCAUGUUGCGCUGCCGAAAGGCAUCGUUGUAAACACGAGUACUAUCUAUCAAGAGGUUGCGAACUUUCCUCAGGUGCCUCCUGAUCAGGUGUGGAAGUACUGGAAAGAGUUCUACUCCAAGCAGGCCAACGGUGCAGCUUGCCGGGACCAGCCAGCAGGGUGA